AUGAACAAUAAUCAAAAUAGAAAAAAUGAAGUAGUUGCAACAAUAAAUGAGACAAAAGGUGUUAAUAGGGAUAUAGAAAAUCAUGGGAAUGAUAUAAAGGACAUUGUAAUGUUAGACGGGAAUAUAACAAGUCUCUCUAAAAUAACAACAGACAAGUAUAGAAGUGAUAAUUCAGUAAACAUAGUGGCAAAAGAAAAUGUUGAGAAUACUAAUUUAGCAAACGAAUUAAAGGAUGUCAAAAAUGGAAGUACAACUGAACGUAUUGAAACAAAUAAUAGUAAAGGUAUAGAUAUAGAAGAAAUUAACAAGAAAAAUGAUUUAAAAAAUAAUGAAAAUACUGAUUUAGAGAAUAAUAAUAAUGAUGAAGAUUUUUCUAAUGAACGUAUAUAUGGUAGAGGUGAUAGUGAAAGUAGUUUAACAAUAGAAGAAAAUCCAGCUAUAUCAAGAAGAGCAUAUAGAAGUUUUCAUAUAUGUUCUAUUUUUAUUCAUUUAGCAUUAUUAUUAAUGAUAUUAUUAUUACUAGCGACAUUAAUUAAUGAUCGUUCAAUGUUUAUGGCAACACAAAGAGAAAAAUCAUUGAUUUAUAUUUGUGGAGCAUUACUAAGUUUAUUAUGUUUACAUGCAUGUAUAAAUUUAUAUAUAUCUUUAAUGUUUUUAGCAGAUCGGCCAAUUUCACGAAAUAUAAAAAUUGCAGAGUCAAAAAUGCAUUUUAUUGUUUUAUUUUAUUUCUUUUUAUGUUUAUAUGUAUAUAUAUUUGAAGAUAAGAAUUAUCCUACACGUCCAAUAUUUUCCUUUGCUAUAUUAUUAGCAGUUAUUUAUUAUUUUAUGCCGUUAUUUUUAUAUAUUGUAUUAAGGAUUUUAUUUUUUAUUGUUAUUUUUACAAUAAUAUUUAUGAAGAAGAAAAGUCCGACACCAAAAUCCGUUUUAAAAAAAUUAAAAAUUAUUAAAUAUAUAGAUUACAAAAAAUAUUGUGAUCGAAUACGAGCAAAUCAAGUAGCACUGUCCGAAUUUAUGGCUAAGGAAAAUAUGCAAACGGAUGGAAAAGUAGAAAGUAAGGAAGAUGGUGGAUUAAAAAAUUCUGAACAAAAUAUAUCAUCUGAUAAAAAUGAAAAUAAUAAUAAUCACGAUAUAAAUACAAAUAGUAAUGACGAAAAAAAUAAUAAUCCUACAAAAAUGGAUAAAGAAACAUGUAAUAGAAAAGUAAAUAAUAUGAAUAGACAAAAUUAUUAUUCAAUUAAUAUAUAUGAUAAAAAUAUAAAAAGAAAUAUUUCAUGUAAAUCAAAAAAUAUAGAAGAUGCAAUUAUAAAAAAUUUAUAUGAUAAAGAAAAUGGUGAAAUAAAUAAUUAUAUUAAGGAUAAUUCAUUUUAUAUUAAUAUAGAAGAUGAAAAUUCUGUUUGUGCAAUUUGUUGUGUUGAUUAUUCAGAAGAUGAUCAUAUUUGUGUAUUACCAUGUAAUUAUAUGCAUUAUUAUCACAGAGAUUGUAUAUUUACAUGGCUAAAGAAAAACAACGAUUGCCCUUUGUGUAGAAAAAAUAUAACACUUUAA